CAACCCGAGAAGGCGAGGAGAGAGAGAGAGAGCACGUGGACCCGCUAGUCAGCUCCCUGUUUGGGACGUCGUAAACCUUAGAAGCGUAUAAUGGAAGUUAUAGUCGGCACUUAUGACGAGGUUCUACUCGGUUAUAAGAUAAUUACUGACGCAGAGGAGUACCAGUUUGAUCAGAGUUUCACUGAUCAUACACACACCGGAUGUAUAAAGACUUUAUCUGUGUCGAAGAAAGGGAUCCUAGCGUCGGGUGGCACAGACGAGACCGUUCGUUUGAUUAACCUGAAGAAGAGGACAGAGCUUGGCUCUCUAGUCCAACAUUCAGGUACAGUGACAUGUUUGAAAUUCCACCAUGGCAGUCACCUGUUCAGUACCAGUGAGGAUGGUACCAUAGCGAUAUGGAAGUACUUCACCUGGGAGUGCCUUAAAACUCUCCGAGGACACACGUCUACUGUGAAUUGCAUCUCCAUUCACCCAAGUGGGAAGCUUGCUCUGUCUGUUGGCCGAGACAAAACUCUGCGUACCUGGAACCUGAUCACUGGACGUUCUGCCUACACCACCAACAUCAAACAAGAGGCUUCUCUGGUUGUCUGGUCCCUCAAUGGUAACCACUACGCCGUUGUCUUCUCCACAAAAAUAGACAUAUAUAAUACACAGACUGCUGAAGUCAUCAGCUCAGUGAAAACUACACAAAGGGUCAAUGAUUUGGCAUUUAUUUCUACGACCGUGAUUGUGUAUGGAGGAGAAGGUGGGCAGCUGUAUUUCUACAACAUCAUCAAUAAAAUGACUUUACACAGCUUAGAUACACAAACAAACAGAGUUAGGGCAAUGUCAAUUGUUCCUGCCCCAGUGAAGGAAGGUGAAGAGAGCAAUGAAAACAACCACUGGUUGUUCACCGCCUCCAGUGAUGGACACAUCAAAAUAUUCCAAGUACAGAUGGCAGAGGAUAAAGUGGACACAUCCCUGGUCAUUUCCCACAACACCACCUUCAGACUGACAUGCAUGGCAGUGUCUUUAUUCAAAAGCAAACCCAAAGAAGGCACAAAAACAGAUUGCCAGGCUGAUGAAAAACUGAUAGACACAUCACAGGAGAUGGCUGCUGAUAAAAAACUGAUAGACACAUCACAGGAGAAAUCACAAAAGACGGUGGCUAAUCGAAAAUCAGGAAAUUCCAAGAAAGUAUCUUGGAAAAGAAAGGCUGAAACAGAUUCACAAGAUUCUGGAGUUAAUGUUUCAUGUGAAACAGUAGAGGUGAACAUUGAGGAUGAAAGUGAAGAUGAAAACACAAAAGUGAAAGGAAAGAAACUGAAACAUAGCAAAAAAGUCAAAGACAAAGGUCCUGAGAAACUAAAACAACUCCAGGGGAAGAGAAGUGAAAAAUCUAAAAGGAAAGGAAUCAUUCUAGAAAGUCAACCCAAAAGGAAGAAAAUCAAAACUUAAUUUACAAUAAAAUUAUUUUAUUUACAAAAACAAAUUGGUUUCAUUUUGUUUAUGUAUUCCGUUAGUUUUAUAACGAAAACAUGAAUUACAUGCACAAAUUACUUUACACUGCCCAUUACUCUCAAAAUAUAUUCUCAAAUGUUAAGGCUUUUGAUUACUAACACUGCAAGGAUUUAACCAUAUACAUGUACAGUAUCGCUAAAUCCUUAUUCAACUCUUGCAAUGUUACCCCAAUUAAAAUCAUUUCUACGGCCACACAAGUUUACUAAAAACUCAAACACUUUGAUCAAAUACAGUUUUGACUAUAUAAAAGUCUGAACCAAUAUUUCAUCCUUUAAACCUCUGACACAAAUACCCCCAAUGGGAAGCGACCUAGUCAAAAGAAUAUUAUAUCAUUUGGUGAUUUUUUUCACAUUUAAUAAUUGUUCCAAGAGUGCAGAUGAACCUUUUCUAUUUCAAUUGUAUAACAUGCACCCAGGCCCGGUAUUCAUGAAACUCUUCUCAUGCUCAAGCAUGGACUCUGCUCAAAUAAACUUUCUUGUAACUCGCUUAAAUUGUGUCAAACAAUCAAAAAGUCAAAUGUAAAUAUUGAAAACAGUAGCUGGCUUCAAGUCUCUUCAAAAUAUUUCCAAAUCCUUGUCAAAUAAGUAUUUUUUUUAUUAAUUUAUAGCUCGGGUAUAAUAAAUUGGGCGUAAGCACAAAAUCCGAUCUUUAGCUUAAAAAGGUUUCAUGAAUACAGGCCCAGAUUUUACUUAAAAAACAAAUCACACUCUUAUACCAGUUCAUAAUCUAGAGGUCCUUAGAUUUUUUGUUGUCGAGCAUGUUAUGCUUCGUCCAGUAAAUCAUCUUAACAAAUGCAGUGCACUAACUCUGAAAGUAGUGUUUUGUAAAAUAUCAAGAUCCCUAUGAAAAUGCAAGUGUAAAUGGCAUAACAUGCUUUAGCCUCUGGUUACAUAUGUACCUGACAUGUAGAUAUACAAUGGGCUAACAUGCUUUAGCCUCUGGUUACAUAUGUACCUGACAUGUAGAUAUACAAUGAGCUAUGCUUUAGCCUCUGGUUACAUAUGUACCUGACAUGUAGAUAUA